AUGGUGAAUGGUGAUCCACAAGCAUCCAUUUCAGUGAUUACUGAGGAAGAUGGAUUCCUGCAGGCUUUGAUCCUUGUGACAGGGCAGAUGAAAUCAAUGUUCUCCAAAUUUCCAGAGGUGCUGUUUAUAGAUGGUACUCACUGCACAAACAAACUUCGCUUGCCAUUAUAUACCUUUAUUGGAGAAGAUGGUAAUGGUCAACGCCAGCCUGUAGCCUACAGCUUUGUAGCCAAUGUGAAGAAAACAACAAUACAAACAUCACUUAUUCAGGUAAAGAUCAUAAAAGCGGAGAAAGUUGUAGUGGUUCUUGAUAAAGACUUGAGUGAAAUUCCCAGCAUUAAAUCAACUGUGCCAGAUGCUUUAAUUAAAAUUCGCAAAUUCCAUGUUUUCCAGGCAAUGUUGAGUGAAAUACGGAAAAUGCCCACGUCAGAAUCUGAAAGACACCAAUUAAUUACAUUAUGCAAAAAGUGGACCUAUUCAAGAACAGAAGAGGCAUUUACAUACAUUCUUGCCAGCAUUACUUGA